AUGGAGUACAAGCUUAACAACCGUGUUGCCAUUCGGCAGUGCCACGACCCUAUCAAGUCACUUGGCUUGUUCGCAACCGAGCCCAUCGCCAAGGGCUCUCGAGCUCUCCAAGAGCCGGCGCUAAUAAUGCACAAUACCCGAGGCCAAGCCAUGACGGAGGCCCAGGACAUAAUCGAGUCCCUGCCCAUGGAGCAUAAGAACCUGGUCUUGAAGAUGUACGCUGGCCCGUCUGAUGUGGCCCCCCUGCUUCCCGUGGGUCAUGCACGAGACCAUAUCCAUCCCUCUUCGAAACGAGUUGAGAACAUCAUACGAUAUAAUGCCUUCGAGGGUUUCAGAACUGGAUGCAUGGUCUGCGCUGCUGGGGCCUUCAUGAAUCACUCAUGCAACCCGAACAGUUACCUCUACUGGAAUGAUCAUGCUCAGUGCGUGACGAUCCAAGCACUGCGGCCGAUUGCGCGAGACGAGGAGCUCACAUUCAACUACAUCGGCGACCAAAGUAUAUACCUCACGACGAGCAAGCAGGGUCAGCGAUUACAGGUCACCGACUACCACCGUCGUCUGCUGCCGGGGCUGGACGGCCCAGACCGCACGAUCCGGUCAGAGGAUCAUGACGAGGCCAUGGGGCUCCUAUAUGAGAUCGCCGAGCUGAUAGGAGAGGAGGGUCAGCACAACCUAGAGUUGGCACUCACGCGCGUCGAACAGGCGCAUCUACAACAGCGUCUGGGAGACUACUACGGCCAUCGGGAAAAGCUGCGCGGAGCUUUGGUCAUCCGGCAGUUAUGCCCGGGGGCUGACCACCCCAGUUGUGAUGCUUUAGUGUUGGAAAUGCACAAUUAG